AAUCGCCUGGAGGAAAGCUUGAAGCUGUUCAGUCAGAUUUGCAACAACAGGUUCUUCAUUAACAGUACCAUGAUCCUAUUUUUGAACAAACUGGAUCUCUUCCAGGAUAAGGUCAGGUAUUCCAAGAGACACCUGCGUUAUUUCUUUCCAGAUUUUCCAGGCCCAGACAAAGAUGUGGACGCUGGUGCCCGGUACAUCCAGCACCUGUUCAUGAUGCAAGUGACCAGUCCGUCCAAGGUGGUCUACCCUCACUUCACCACAGCCACCGAUACCACCAAUAUACAAGUGGUCUUUCAAGUGCUCAUGGACUCCAUACUCAGAGACAAUCUCAAGUCCACCGCGCUCUUAUAGCGAUGUCAACAUCACUUGUGGUGUAGUUAUGUCAAAGUCUCUGGUGAUAUAACAGUGUGAAGGUUUCAUGUGUUGUAAGUACAACAUGAUCACUGAUGGAAUAGCCAUGACGAGAGGUGCUGGAACUUGAUACACAACCAGGCUGUAUUACUGUGUCAAGGCCACAUGUAUUAAAUGUGUGAAGGUCACUGGUUAUAUAGCUAUGUCAAAGUUACUUGUUGAAUAGCAGUGUCAAGGUCACUUGUAUUCUUUCUAUGAUAAGGUCACUCAUAUAUUACCUUGCCAAGAGUUGAGUUGAAGCUUACCAUGACAACCAGGUGUUAUUGGCAAUACCAAGGUCACUUCAUGCUGAGAGGCCAGGGAAGGGCAAGAGGUAAUGUACACCCUGUCAUAACAAGGCCAAGCUUAAACUGACACAAAUAUAGUGCUUUCCACACUUGGCAUACUCCUACCACACAUUUCAAGUACAUUGGCAGAUAGGUGUGGCCAUGUUUUCAUGGUCUUUCCAGUUUCCAGGGUGUCUUGAGGAGAUCAGAGAAGGGGCCAGCAGGCGUGAGCAUCUCUUAACUUGAAGUAAUGGGCAGUUUUGCCUUGUAUGGUCUUUUAUUUGGCCUCCAUAGAUCAUCAGGCCAGGUUGUACAAACAUAGUUGGUUGCAGCUUGAACUUUUGGGAUCAAGGUAUCACAUUUAUAUCUGGCCAGUUUGGCAAUAUUGUAAUCAGGUCAAAGUGUGCUGUUAUAACAGCGCCGAAGUUGCAAUGUUAAAGCAAUGUCAAGGUUACAGAUAUGCCAAGAUUACAAUGUUCCAGCAAAGCCUAGGUCACAAUGUCAAAGGAACACCAAGGCCAUGAUAUUGUAGCAAUGUCAAAGCCACAGUGUUGUUCCAAUGACGAGGUCAUCGUGUUUUGUCUUUGUCAAGAUCAGAUCAAGGUCAUUGUAUCAUAACUGUUCGAGGGUCACAUUGCUGUAGAAGUGCCAAGGUCACAGUGAUAUACUUACUAGUGUUGAAUAUUACAAUGUUUUUGUAAUGCUAAGAAUUAUACAAUGUAAUGAUUACUGAAUAGAUAGACAGAGUGUUGUGGAUGGCCCACUUGUUCCCCUAUCUUGACAAUUUGGUAAUGGUGUGGGUUUAACUAUUACAACAGUGUAAGGUUAUUUAAGAGGUGGAAAUUCCGUGUUAAUCUUCCUUUUCUAAUAGGGCAGAGGCAAGUUGGGGAUAGCCUUGAAAACUCUCCAAACAACCCAUGUCCUGGAAAAGUCCUUUGGGGAUUCAAGCCAGGGUCAUCUGCAACAUAACCCAGAAUGAUACUGAGAUAAGAAGACGCCCUUGUAUUUGUCUUCUGUCUGUUCAUGUUUGUGUGUGGGGGUGUAAGUACAAUGCUUCAUGUCAGUGGGCGGAGGCUGUGAUUUUUUUGGAAAAGAAUUAAUUGUGAUCGUUAUACAUGUAGUAUCUUUGUAACGAGUGAACAAGUCGGACAAUACAGAGUUCUUCAGAAGAGUAGGGAAAGGGUACGACUGAAAGGAUGUGGUCAUUAAUGUCAACAGAAAUUUGUUUGUGUUGAUUUUAGUUCUCAGUGGACCAAGAAAAUAUACAUGUACGUUUUUUAAAUGCUCAGAGAAAAGGAGAAACUCGUUAUACCGUAUUUGUUACUAUGAAUGGUAUGUCUUAUGUAGUUGAUGUCUUAAAGUCCAUUUCCACUGACAUUAUAUGUGCCCAAUGACUUUAUCGCUUCAAGCAUUUUGCACAAUUGUUAUGUUAGUUUGUUUGAAAAUGUAAAAAUAAAUAUUUAUGCACAUAGGUAAGUACAUUUCAAAUGCUUUUAAAGGUCUUUUUUGCAUCAAAUAUAUGGGUUUGAAAUACUCCACAGACUUUUCUACUGUAAGACUGAGAAUGUUUGACAUGCAUUAUGAAGAUUUCACACUCCAUAGGUAAAUGUGUUCAAAGCGUGUCGUGACCUCAGCUCACUAGAGCUUCAGUGAGUUGUUCAAACUGUUUGGCUUUGGAUUCCCAUUUGCCAAUCUCAUAUCUUGCUCUCUGUCAGUGCCACUGCUUGAGUGUACAGGAAUCCAUAGAUUUAGUGCAUGGAUGGUAAAAUUCGUGAUGACAGAACUCUUCUGGCUGUUUUCUUAAAAAGAAAAAUGGCUAUUUAUCGAAGGAGAAUGUUGCUUGUCUUAUGGAACAGCCUUUUUUUUUGGUUUUUUUUUAUGGAGAAAUUUUGGGAGUUCUUGUAGAAAGGAUUCACAUAAAUUUCUGCAUUUACUCUGUUCAUGUAUAUACAAGUGAUUUUGGUUUUAAACUGCUGUAACUUAUGGAAAUUUUGCCUAACUCGUGGCUUUACUGUCUUGUACUUGUAUAUAAAAGUACACAUGUAAAUGACCUAAAAGUCUCUAAGGUAAGCAAAAGUUUUUACUUAGUCAGGCUCUAAGAAUAUGUACCUGACAUAAUAUUGCUUGCUCAGUAUAAGACUCUGUCUUAUGUCGCUUUUCAUCUUGAAAUAUAGUGGAGUCUUGCAAUAAGCAGUCGAUAUGCUUGCUAUGAUAUCUAUUAUUUUACAUACGCUAAAAAAACCCAACCAACUUUAUCUGAUACUCCUUUUAAACUUAUGUUGCAUUGAAGUGGAUAAAAGCUUUUUUUUUAGUACGGAUAAAAACUUUUUAAAGUGCAUUCUUCCACUACGUUGAGAAAGUGCAUGGUUCUGAUGUGAGUAGUAGUAGUAUAAGGUUUUACGGCGCUCGCAACUGCUAUGUUCUGAUGUGAUACCUGAGACAUUGGUAUACUAGUGUCAGAGCGCCAGUGUCAUUUACAGAAUUCCCUGUGCCUCAGAGGUGGGCCCAGGGGUCAGCACAGUCACUACUUUGCCUCAUGAGUACCCAAUACGCCACCCAACUGCCCAGUUCUUUCAGUUGCAAUAUAUACAUUUCAAGGAUGGAAUCACUUUCUCAAGGGCAGCAUUCCCACGUUCAUGAAAUUAUAUUUAGCACGACAUUUCUCAAUCGUGUAGACACUCAUUGUUAUAUUUUAAUGUCCAGCACAACAAUACGUUUUUCAGCUCAUUCAAACAGCCAUUAGUUCAAAGUGCAUUAACUCAUCUGUUCUAUCCAUAGACCUGAAUUAUAAUAUAGAUCAGGCACUGCCAUGACAGCUGCUCUUUGUUCCCCAUAAAAGCUUUACUAUGAAAGUGUGUGCCAAAGUACGAUGGGCGCAACCUGAAGGGCAAAACGCUAGCCUCGUGAUAGUCGAUUGCGCAUUCAACGUUUCCCUCCUUGUCCUUCAUUUGGUUGGAAUAAAUAGAGUCAGGUAGUGCACUCCAUGGGGAUUCCCGCACUACGUCAGAGUGCAGUCUUGGAUACUAUAAUGCAAGUCUAUGGUACAGUCAUGUAACUACAGACUCUUCUGUAAUAGUUACAGGGAUCGAAAAAGCAACCCCCCAAAAAACCCUUUUCAUAAUAAUGUUCAUUGCGUGAUUAAAAUUUUUUCUUCAUCAUUUUGCCUCAUCUGGUUUAACUAUUUAAAUGACGCGUAAAGGUCAUGAUCGUUCCUUAGUCGGUUUUGAUAGUCUAAGAAAUUGUUGUUGAGAUUUGAUGUACUUAGACCCUUGCGUGUAGGUAUGUUUGAUCUGUCCCACAAAACAAUCCUGUUAAAGAGCUUUGUAUUCAUACGGCCCCUGUAAGUCUAUUUUUAGGUUUUUAGUACUGAGUCUGUCAAAAUUCUUAUUAGAUUUCGUUAUACUUGAGACUAAACUAGAAAAUAAAAGCUAGUUUAAAAGUCACUCGUGCUCAAAAGGGAUGAGUAGUUCCACGUCAAAGAGACCAAUAAAUUGAGCCUUGAACAAUAACAAUGUGACGAAUGGUAACUAACGUUCGAUUACUCGUGUUCAGUGACGUUUUUCCUGCCUUCAAACUCUAAUGUUGCAUUUCUCAGUCCUUGAACACAUCCACAGCAGUGUCAAGUUGUUUCUGGCCCUAUAUAUGACCUUAACGUAUACUGGGAUUGUUGUUAUUGGUCGUUCUUUUGUACAGGAUCUCAAACACUUGCAUUUUUAAGACAAAUCCUGUUCCUUUUCUAUUAUGCACACGGGAAACAUUGUUUUUUAAUCCUUCUCCGCGUCUAUGUAAUUUUUUUCUUUGGUUUUGCAAAUCUUUUUGUCAACUGUGGGAGUCUGUUGUUGGUGUUUUAAAAAGAUGACAUCCUCAUUAGACGCGUUGUAGGUUGAAGGUGAUUUGGAAAGUGGCAUUCUUUGUCCGUCGCCAGGACACCGAGCUGAAAGAAUAAUAAUUAUGUUUCAGGAAGAGGAAAAUCCCCACUUUGAUUCGAACCUUAAAAUAUCAGAUUCAUACCCUACCUACUAGACCACAGUAGGGGACUUGUUCACAGCUUACACUGUACCUACCAGUGUCUGUGCUGUAAUGGUAAGGCUAUUUGUUAUUUGUCAGAUGGAAUGAGCUCAAUUCCCACACGGGGAUAACAAUUCGUCUUGUACCUCUGUGUGUGGGCUGAAAUGUUUCCAACUCAGCAUGGGUUGACCCGAACAGGUAGGGUUGAAGCAAUCCGUUUCUUUAGUAAGCUCAAAUUUGGCGUGAAAUGUGCCUUUACAGCCGACCCGCGUCUUGACUGUAAUACUGAAGCUCAUUGCCCUUGUCCGUGAAGGACGUGGUUUCGAUCGAUUCCCUUGUUGUGAAAUCUAUUUGAUCGAGUUGGCGUAUCUGCAUCUGUCUGUUGGGAUGUGGUAUCACACACUGCCCGGGUGGCCCUGACAGGCAGGGUUAAAGGGGCGUGUCUCCUAUGUUCUAAAUUGUGCCAGGGGUGUCAAACAUGUGCAGUUGCCUCUAUAGCAAAUUGUGAAGUUCCUUGCAAUGCAUGUAUCUGCUGGUUGUGUGUAAAUGUGAUCGGCAUGCGUUGUAUGCAUUUAUUUGUGUGUUUGUGGUUGAAUGUAUAAGAGAAUAGAGGAGUAGAGAAAUACACAAAGACAAGUAGUAAUAUAAACGCAUGCUGAGUAGGAGGGAGGGAGAGAGAGAGAGAGAGAGAGAGAGAGAGAGAGAGAGAGAGAGAGAGAGAGAAAGAGCGAGAGAGAGAGAGAGAGAAAGA